AUGGACGACCCUAAAUACUCAAAGUUCAAUGUCUCAACCACAGUUUAUAAAACCGUCAAUGGCCAAGACAUCGACCUCGGCGUCAUGAUCCCCAAAGAUGCACACUCUGGCGCACGACCUGUCUUAAUCCAUUUCCACGGUGGCUUCCUCGUGACCGGCCAUGCCAUGUACCCCGAAUGGUUCGCGAACUGGGCAAUCGAUUACUCGCUCCUCCAUUCCGCCAUUGUAGUAUCGCCCAACUACCGGCUGUUCCCCGAAUCCAGCGGGCUCGAAAUCCUCUCCGACAUCCGCGAUUUCUGGACGUGGAUCCAGGAUGAUCUGCCGGCGUACUUGAAGAGUGUCGGCAGUGAAGUCACGCCGGAUUAUAGCAAAGUCCUUGCGUAUGGCGAGAGCGCUGGGGGAUAUCUUGCGAUUAUGUCUGGUCUUACGAAACCUGACCUCGUGAAAGCGGUUAUUGCGGCGUACCCGAUGACUUAUAUUGAUGCGGAUUGGUACCGCGUUGCUUCUAGCACGAAAGCACCGAUGGGAGCGCCGCAAGUGCCAGUAGCUGUGUUUGAGGAACAUGUUAAGGGGACACCGGAGGGGAAGAUCUUCACAGGAGCUUUUCCGCCGGAGAGAAUGCCGCUUGUGCUUUCGAUUUUGCAGAGUGGUGCCUUUUCUGGGUUGGGAGAUGACGAGUCGCUGUUUCCUGAUCGGGUGCUGGAGAAGUUGAGCGCGGAUCGAAAGGUGCCGUUUUUGUUCGCGUUUCAUGGAACGGAGGAUAGUGCUGUUCCCUGUGAACAUACACAGAAGUUUGUGGGGAAAUGGGAAGAGAAGUUUGGGCAAGGAAGUGUGGUGGGGAAGUGGGAGAAGGGGGAUCAUGGGGUUGAUGCUGUGACAACAUUAGAAGAACCCUGGUUGCAGGAAGGCUUGACCGAUGUGACUAAAGCGUGGAUUGGCUAA